AAAAAUGUUCAAUGAUGUCAUAGUGUGCAUUAUUCUCAUGACCAAUCAGAAUCGUUGAAAUCGUCAUGGAUAUAAAGAUAACAAUAACAUUGUAUCCAAAGUUAGGAAUUUGAUGAGAUAGCAGUUGUGGUUUUAAUUUCUCACUUGAAAUAAAUAAAAUCAGAUAAAGAUGGCAAUAAAGAAAGUACAAAAAGCAUGGAGACGAUUGAGAAUGAUUUUCUCAAAGAAACGCACAAAUAUCAUGGAGAUUGGAACUGACUUAUCUAUUCCUGAGCAUUACGAAAAUGAGAAUGAGUUUUCAUUCGUCGUGGCCAACAGGUUAUCUGAGGCAGUUGCUGAAAGAGAUACUUUGAGGGAAGAAAAGGAUCACAUAGAAACAGAGUUGGAGGUGGAACGCCAGAUGUCUGACCGAGCUCAGAAUGAAAUAGAUGAGUUAAAAGAAGAAAUAGCAAGGCUGAGGGGUUUGGUUGAAAGCACCUUAAAAAUUGCUGAUCUUAGUCUAGAAUAUUUUCAAAAUAAAAGCCUCUAG